AAUCUACUUACGAUAACCUUCAAAAUUUCAAUGUGACUCCUGUCCUGAUGAAUUCAGUCAUUCAGUGGUUUUUUGACUUCUGAUCAUUCCAUAUCGUUGUCUAGUUGAAUCUUCGGCGAUUUUUUCUUACAAUAGCUAUGGGAGAUGCUGAUAUUGGACUUAUUGGUUUGGCCGUCAUGGGCCAAAACCUGAUACUGAACAUGGCAGAUCAUGGAUUCAAGGUGGUAGCAUACAACAGAUCCAUUGAAAAAGUUCACCAUUUCCUGGCAAACGAGGCAAAAGGCAAGAAUAUCGUCGGAGCAGAAUCCGUUCCUGAUUUAAUAUCGAAAUUGAAAUCGCCCAAACGUGUGAUGCUGCUCGUCAAGGCUGGUUCUGCAGUUGAUAGUUUCAUCGAUCAACUUGUACCUCACAUGAGCAAAGGGGACAUCAUAAUCGAUGGUGGCAAUUCCGAAUAUGCCGAUACUCAGAGAAGAACCGAGGAUUUGGCAAAGAAGGGAAUCAGAUUCGUUGGCUCGGGAGUGUCUGGAGGAGAAGAAGGUGCAAGAUACGGCCCCAGUCUGAUGCCGGGUGGCAACAAGGAGGCGUGGCCCCAUAUCAAGGACAUAUUCCAGAGCAUUUCCGCGAAGGCUGACGGGCAACCCUGCUGCGAUUGGGUCGGAAACGAUGGUGCUGGACAUUUCGUAAAAAUGGUGCACAACGGAAUCGAGUACGGGGACAUGCAGUUGAUUGGAGAAGUGUACGAUCUGAUGUUGGCUUUGGGUAUCAGCCAAGAGGAGAUGGCUAGUACUUUCGAGGAGUGGAACAAAGGGGAGUUGGACAGUUUUCUCAUUGAAAUAACUAAGGACAUAUUGAGAUACAAGGAUGAUAAAGGAGAAUAUUUGCUGCCAAAAAUCAGGGAUGCCGCAGGACAAAAGGGUACCGGUAAAUGGACAGCCAUCUCAGCCCUCAAUUACGGAGUGCCAGUGACUCUAAUCGGAGAAGCAGUCUUCAGCAGAUGCCUCUCAUCCCUGAAGGCCGAAAGACAAGUGGCCAGCAAACUCCUUCCCAAACCUUCCACGUCUAAAUUCACUGGAGACAAGAAGCAGUUUUUGGAAAAUCUCAGACAAGCUCUUUAUGCCAGCAAAAUCGUGUCUUACGCCCAAGGAUUCAUGCUUUUGAGGGAAGCUGCGGCAGUCCACAGUUGGGAUCUCGAUUACGGUUCUAUCGCUUUGAUGUGGCGCGGUGGAUGCAUCAUUCGCUCCGUAUUCUUGGGACAGAUCAAACUGGCCUUCGAUAAGGACCCUAACUUGAGCUCUUUGUUGUUGGCACCGUUUUUCAUCGAUGCUAUUUCCAAGGCACAAUCCGGAUGGAGGAACGUUGUCUCGACGGCUGUUUGUUUGGGUGUCCCCACCCCAGCUCUCGGCACAGCCUUAGCCUUCUUCGACGGAUACAGAAGCGAAAAGUUACCGGCCAACCUCCUCCAAGCCCAACGUGAUUACUUCGGAGCCCACACCUACGAACUUCUGGGCCAAGAAGGCAAAUUCGUCCAUACCAACUGGACAGGAAAAGGUGGAAACGUGUCUGCCAGUACUUACGAUGCCUGAUAUUCCAUUUUACAAAUCAAAUUUUUGCAUUUAUUUUCCUAUACAGAGGUUUUUAUAUUUAUACACAAUAAACGGUUAUUGCUUUGUU